GUCGCCGCUGCACACUGCAAUCAACGGGUUUACGACAAGUGUAUGGUGGACGACACGCAAAUCACUCCAACGUCCCAAGGUCUGUUAUCGGUCACGAGUCCAAGACAUAGUCAAGGUGCAUCGGUGAAAAUCUGCGCUGGUGACGACUGACGCCUGUGUCUAUUAAGAGAACAGGGUUGUGUAUGACAGAGAAAGCGGCUCCGAACUUACCAUCUACGCCCCGAAUAUGAACAUCUCGCCUGACACAGAAGUUUGAGAAACCUCCUACGUACGUGAGACCGUCCCAGGUAGCAUGGUAUUUUCCGGAUCGUGCAUGCGCGGUAUUUGGGGAAACUCGACGGGCGAGGCGAUCGCGGACGUCUUGGUUGGGCAGGUGAAUCCCCUGCGGGCGCAUGAGCUUGACGUUCGGGAAGCGGCUGGAGGAUUAUGCGAGCUAUGGGCAUUUUCACCGUCUCGGGAUUGCACUACAAUGGCCCUUUGGGUACGUCAAUCCUGUGCUCUACGUGGCCAGUCACUCACCAAACAUCGGGUCCACGACCGGCUCGGAGGUCGUCCAGCUGUACGUUUUCGAUGCCUACUACCUCGGAGCUCACGAACCCCCCUCGCGCUCAAGGCGUUCGCGAAGGUGAAGGAUGUCAAGCCGGGAGAGAUAUGGAAAGUGGCGAUGAAACUCGACAAGUACGCGGUGGGCUAUUGGGAGGAGCGGAUAAAAGGGUGGGCCGUAGAGAGGGCAGAGUAUGGUGUGAGGAUUGGGAGAAGUAGCGCGCGUUAGGAACUGGGAUUGACGGCGAUGUUCAAGGUUGAGAAGGGCUCUGAAUGGAAUGGGCUUUAGUUGAUUGCGCAAGGUGCCAAGCGGCGCGCAGUUCUUGUAUGAUACAUGCGAUCCGCAAUGCAAAAGGUUCGCAAUGUCGAGACGAAGGGGAACAUGUUCUCAUGGCGUGCG